AUGCGCCUCCAAUACCUGACCUCGCCUGCGUCUCGCACGCUCACCAUUUGGCAGCAAUCGGGUUCCAUCGCUCUCGUGGCGGAGGCAUUGGAUGCACUUAUUGAAAAGCAACAGUGGCGCCAGCUUCUCCUUCACCUCUGCGACUCGGCUGAGGAAAGCUUUUUUCUGAACCGUGCUCUUCGUCGCCUCUCUGAUGCCGGACACUUUGAGCAAGUUGCUUCCAUGCCCCGCCUCGAAGCUGAUCUGGAACUCUUCACAGAUGUGGUGCAAAAGCUGGUGACCAGCCUCUAUCAAACGCAUGAUCUUGAGGAGUUGAAGCGUCGCCAGCAGCUACUGACCAAGCUGGCCUGCAUUAGCCUCCAAUCCUACGCCUUUGUUCAAAGCCUCCUGCGUGGUCUCAGCGAAUCCAGUGAGGGUGUUCAUGCCCUCCUUGCCGAGUCCACAGCUGACAUCAUUCUACAACAAGUGCAGGCCCGUGGCAUGUCGGUGGGGCAUAUUCAUGCGCUCAUGCAGUCCAAGCUGCAUGCCCCCUCGGAAUCACUUUCCAUCCUAUCGCGCCUAACCCAGUCCUCGUCGCUGGCCAUGGCGGACGUGGCUCGACUUUAUCGUUGUUACACCGACGAGCGCGAAGUAACGCCCCCCGCUGGCUUGCUGCACAACGGAUUGCUUCUUGACAAUUUGUUGAACAUCAUGUUUGGUGGAGGCUUUGUUAAUCCGGAAUAUCGCGUCUACUACGCCACCCUUUUGACGUGGUCAAAAAUCAGUCCUCAGCUGCCUUUACUCAACCAGCUUUUGUGUCUUGCCUGCGUUGAAAAGGCGAUUGCGGCAUAUUUUCCAGCCGAAGUCACACCUGCAGACUUGGAGCAAGACGAUCAGUACCUGGCACACCGCAAUGCCAUUGUGACGGCCCAUGAAAUUCUGGAGCGUGCCACUUUUGUACCGUCUUCCAUCGAGAAACUACGACCAACGCUCGACUACGCUGUGGUAGCCCAGGGCUUGUUACACUGGAUGGCGAGUUCGACGGCAGACGGCGGCCUGGUCUCAAAAGCGUCCUCAUCGGGCUUGGUGCAGCUCUUGCUUGGAUUGAUUGACGAAAUUGGCGAACGGUACCCCCAAAUGCUCACAUCGUGCCUACAGAUCGUGGUGGGAUGGUUGACGGUGGGCACGGCCACGGAUGACUCGACUGGGCGACAACUGCAUCGACGCACUGCGGAGCGGCUAAUCGUAAUGGUUGGCCGCGGCUACGUGUCGCCGGUUCUGGAGGCGGUGGCAACCCAAUUGGCAGAAGCUUGCCUGCCACCCUUUCAUGUGGCUUUUGUCAGCAAAGUCUGUCCAAUAUUCGAACAAGUUAUCAAGCAAGGGCCGUUGGCCAAGACCGCCGUCAUGGAGUCGGGCGGUCUCGUGUGGCUCAGCCUCUACAUUGCCAUGAACUUGGCCACGACGCUGUUGAACAAGGCGCUGUUGGACACGUACCAGCUACCGUAUCCAGACAUGCUCGUUCUGCUCCACUACACAUGCACAUUUAUCGGCGCCUCCGUCAUGGUUCAUGGCUUUCGUGUGAUCGAGCCAGCCAAGAUCGACCAGAGUGCACACAUCAAGCUCUUCCUUUUUAGCGUUCUCUUCAAUGUGAACAUUCUUGUCUCUGCCGUCUCACUCAACAUGGUCUCCAUGGCCAUGCACCAGAUUGUGCGUGCUCUGACCCCCAUGUUCACGGUGAUCAUCUGCUCUGUUUGGCUGAGCAAGUCCUACUCGAACAACGUCCUUGCGUCCCUUGGCGUCAUGUUCUUGGGUGUUAGCGUCUAUGCGCUCAAGGGUGAGGUUUCCUACACCCUCUUUGGGCUCAUUUUGACAGCCUUUGGUGCCUUCUUGGCAGCUCUCAAAGGCGUGGUCACCAACCAGUUUAUGGUUGGCGAUCUCAAGCUUCACCCCUUUGAUCUUCUUCAGUACAUGUCGGGCUAUGCCAUGGCCCAGAUGUUGAUCACGGUGUUGGCCAACGGCGAGAUGCAGGCGUGCUAUGAUCGCGUAUUGGAAACGGGAACCACAGAGACCUACCUCAUGAUCGCUCUGAAUGGCAGCGGUGCCUUUCUGCUCAAUGUCGUUUCCUUCAACGCAAACAAGAAGACCUCUCCCCUGGCCAUGAACAUUGGUGGCAUUGCCAAACAGGUUUAA